GACUUACCAACAUUCACCAAGAACAAGGUGUGCACUACUCAAAGGAUUAUUUGCUGGGAAUUGCAUUGUCGAUUACUAUACCUUGGACAUAGAAUCCAGGCAGGCCGUUGAUUCUUAGCUGGUUUAUUCAUGGUUUAUUCUCCAGUAUACAUCCAACUAUGACUAACUAUGACCCUUUGGUAAUCAACCGCGAAAGCUCGGCGAAAGCGAAAACCCCAGCGAAACCAGUCGCUGCGAAAGCUCCGCGAAAGCUGAAAAGAAAGCAGGUGCCCUCGCGAAAGCCAAAACGCAGGCCGCAAAAGAGGCGCAAAAGCAGCCGCGAAAGAGACUUGAGAGGUAACAGGAAAGUCAACAUGGUUUUUUGAAACUGCUCAAUUGCCAUAUUACUGCUUACUGGAGGUACAUAGCCGUCACCCUCCUGUAAACUAACAUAAAUUAUUGUGGCAAACCCACCACAUUUUUAGAUCAUUGUCCCAGGGAAGCGAUGGAUUUUCAUGGUUUUUCCACUUUAUACAUUUUAUAUACAUUUUAUACUUUUCGAGUCCCAAUUCAUCAACCUUCCCCAGCUCCAAGCAGCGCCCUGAGGCGCCCGUGCCUGGCACUGGCCUUCUGCCCUGCUGCUGCUGCCGCGGCUGCAAAGUUCGUCACGGUCGCUGCCGCGACGGCUGGCGUGGCAGCAGCUGAAGCUGGCCAUGGAGGCCACGCAUCGAGGUCAGCUGCUUCCACCCAACGACACAGCUGAGCUGCUGCAGAUGCGACAUUUCCGCCUCAAGUUGCAGGACGACCUCCUCCUUCCUCAGCGCCGCAAAUGUUGGUUCGCUCCAAGCGCUGGGCGUGAGCUAGAUGGACCACAGGUUCGAUGCCUUUUAGACGAUGCGCUGAGCAUACGGGCAUCAACUGUGUGCGCAGCGAUGUCCACCACAGCGCAACUCACCAAACGCACCUGGCCGGAAGCAGCCGAGAAACUCAUCACUGGUGAGGACUUUUCGGCAGCGGAGGUGUUUUCUGGUGGAGAGGAAGGGCCAGGAUCCAUGGUCAGAUCAUUGGCCUAUCAGGGCUGUCUCUCAGACGGUUCUCUGCUGGUCUUCCGCCUGCUUCAAUGGUGGAACCAUGUGGUCACCAAGAACCCUGAAAAGGCAGCUGCAUCCACCAAGAAGAAGAAGACAGAAGCCCUUUGCACAUGCCUGGUGGAGUUUGAGGAGGCAGACACAUCCAUGCACCAAAGCUCUCUCGAGCUGUGUCAGACCAUCAUGGACUUAGAAGAGGGGAAGUCUGGGCUUUCUGCAAGGCAAAAGAAUGCCGUGUGCAGUCUGCCACUGUCGUUGUCCCUGGUCAUGUUGGAUGAGUCUGCUCCCGCCAACGCCCGCGAGGUUCUUGGGGAGUUGCUGAAGAUUCUGGAGCAUGUGGUGGAAGUGGCGCAAGGCCCAAAGCCCAAGAAGAAAAUCGCAGAGGCACUGGCAGCUUUUGCUCCGGUCGCAGCUGAACUGUACGUCGCAGAUUCUCUGGCCAUGAUUCGAGAGGCAUGCAAGAUGACUUGGCGUGAGCUGGCCUUCUAUGCAGCGGACGAGACGCUGACGGGUUUGUGCUCUUCCGUGUGUGGCAAGGCUGCAGCCAAUGAGGAUGAGCCGGAGGUGGAGGAGGAUGAAGACAUGGAGGACGACGAAGAUGAAGAUGAUGAUCCUGAUGGAACGAAAAAGGCUGUCUUUGACAAAGCCAUCGCUGCCAUGAAGGAAAGGAACCAGGCGGCUGCACAGGCUGGUGAUGAAGAUGAUGAGGACGAUGUCACGACUCUGGACCACUCCGGGGUUUUGUCAGAGCUUCUGGAUGAUGGUGGAGGUGCGUUGAUGAACUCCUUUGCUGCCUCCAGCCUCGAAGGCGCCACCAAUGAACCCAGCAAAAAGAAGAAACUCACAAAGAGGCAGCAAAAGCUGCGCUUGCAACAGGACGAGUUGGUUCGUAGAUUGCGUGAGGCCGACCUGGUGGAGUCCUUUUUGAUGCGCUGCGGUGCCAAGCGUGACGCCAGCUUGGCCAUGGUGGAAGAACUGCAGAUGGCCCUGGUCAAUCUGAAUCACAAGGUGAAGCUCAACAAGGAAGAGGCCGGUGACGAGAAGGAAGGUGAAGGAGAGAAAAAGAAGGGUGCCAAGAAGGCCACGAAGGGUGAUACCACACUUCGAAGUUUGGAGGAGACCCUUUCGCAGCGGGUCCACAAGAUGCUGUCCCGCUUGAUGCGGAGCAGCAGCCGCGCAUCCAGCGUGCAGAUUCUGGCAGGGCGUGCUUCUCCAGAGGACUGGGCCGCCAAGGCCCGCGCCCUGUGUGAAAGAGGGCAAUCGGCCAAAGUCAACGGGAGUGGCUCGCAGGUGCUGGAAGUUUCGGCUUCCUACCUCUACUUCCUUUGUGCCGCUCACCGGGCAGCAGUGGAGCUGCAGGAUGGAUCGGAGCACACAACUGGCCAAGGCUGGCAGUUGGCUGAAGAAUUGCUUCCCCUGCUGCUGAAGGAAUGGUCUGGCAAGAAGGAGUGCGACAAUUGGUGCCAAGCCGCUCUGAAAGCGUUCUCAGUGCGUGUACCGCAGGUACUGCUUAAGCUGCCUUGGGCCAAGUCCAUCCAAGGUGCAUCCAAGGCAUUCGCGCAGCGGAGCCAGCUAGUCUUCCUCUACACCCAUGUCUUAAGGCCACUUCCUCCAGAGACGACCAACAAGGCGGAUGUGGCUACACAGAUGGCAUUUGCAGAUAGCUGUGCCAAACUCUGUGCGGAGCUAUUGAACUCCACAGUGGAGCCAGUAGAGGGUGCUGCAGCUUCUUCAGCAGCCCAGCGACAGAAACUUCGGAGAGAGGUGCUGCAUACCUUGAAGAGCAUCUACAAGUUGCGGCAAAAAUCUGAUGGGCUGCCUGCUGACGUUUCCACCGCCAUUGCAGAUGCAGUCACAGGUUUGCGAGACUCCCUGCCCAACCAACAGAGACGGGGCGAGGUCUACAACCUCACCGUGCACCUUCUGCGAUUGGUACGACCCCAGGUCAACCAGCCCAAACGGGACAGAUCGACCUCGAGACAAAGGCCCAGGCAUGGGGACGAAAAGCCACAGCCAGGUGAUGGCGAGGAAGCUGCCGAAGCUCCAGCGAAGAAAAGGAAGGGUGAUGGCGAGGAAGCUGCCGAAGCUCCAGCGAAGAAGAGGAAAGGUCGCGGCGGAAGCAUAAGCCGAUCUCCGUCCCUUCAUCCGCAGUCUCCGGCGUCCAAGCCAAACCCAGCGCCGCUCAAAGAAAAGAGGCGUAAGGCUCAAAAGAGCUGA